CAUUUUCGCUGAUAAAACUCACGAAGAAGAAGAACAAGAGGCGCAAUAGCGAGGGAGCGACCCGCCGGACUGUAUUCAAGCGGCACAGCAGUGUUGUGGUGCCAGGAUGGCGACAGACGACGUUGCGCAGUUGGCUGACUCUCUGGCCAAAACUGGAGUGGAGGAUGGAGAGCUCAGUUACAAAGGACAGGGAAGAAAGCUGGAUGAUGCUCAGUCAGUUGAGGAGAUGGUGAAGGAGAUCCAGGACUUUGAGGGUUUACAAGCUCUGAGAUUGGAGGGAAACACUGUAGGUGUGGAGGCAGCACAGGCCAUCGCUAAGGCCCUGGAGACAAAGAGUGCAUUGAUGCGUUGUUACUGGAGUGACAUGUUUACAGGUCGCCUGCGCUCUGAGAUCCCACCUUCCCUGAAUUCACUGGGUGAUGCUCUGAUGCUGGCGGGUGCCAGGCUCACAGUUUUAGACCUCAGCGACAAUGCUUUUGGACCCGAUGGAGUAAAGGGCAUUGAGAAUCUGCUAAAGAGUUCCACCUGCUACACACUGCAGGAGCUACGGCUCAACAACUGUGGCAUGGGCAUCGGAGGUGGCAAGAUUUUAGCUGCAUCAUUGAUCUACAACCAUAAAAGAUCCAGCGCUGCGGGAUCGCCCCUCAGCCUGAAGGUGUUUGUUGCUGGAAGAAACCGACUGGAGAAUGACGGAGCCACUGCCCUCGCUCAGGCUUUUAAGCUUAUGGGCAGCAUGGAGGAGGUUCACAUGCCCCAGAAUGGCAUCAACCACGCAGGUGUGACCGCCCUGGCCGAAGCCAUGCAACACAAUCCAGGACUUCGAAUCCUCAAUCUGAAUGACAACACGUUCACUGAGAAGGGGGCUAUGGCCAUGGCUCAGGCCUUGAAACACUUGCGGAGCAUCCAGGUGAUAAACUUUGGAGACUGUUUAGUACGACCGGAAGGAGCCAAAGCGAUUGCAGUGAGCUUGUCAGAAGGGCUGCCGAUCCUCAAGGAGCUCAAUUUGUCGUACGGUGAGAUUACUGAGGAUGCUGCUCUGGUCGUAGCACAGGCAGUAAAAGACAAGGACCAACUGGAGAAACUGGACCUAAAUGGUAACUGCAUCGGAGAGGAUGGUUGCAGAGCCUUGAAAGUCGCCAUGGAAGCCAUGAACAUGAGCGAGCUACUUGGAUCACUCAGUGAUGAUGAGGGCGAGCCAGAAGAUGAUGAUGACGAGGAGGACGAAGACGACGAUGAGGAAGAAGAUGAUGACGAGGACGAUGUGGACGAGGAGGAAGUAGAGGAAGAAGAGGAAGAAGAGGAGGAAGAAGAAAGCACUGGCAAUAAGUUUUCCACCCCACAGUCAACACCUCGACCCCCAGAAGUCUCCUCCUUCCUCAGCUUUCCCUCCCCUGACAAACUGCUUAAACUGGGCCCCACGAGAGCAUUGCUUAUUGAGCAGCAGGUGGAUGUUUCAGACGCUACAAAAACAGCUGAAGCCUUCCUCAAGAUUGCAUCUGUGUACAAGGAGGACAAUACUGAAGUGAAGAAUGCAGUGUUGGACAGUAUUGCUAUUGCUGAAGCUUAA